AUGGGGACCGUGGAGAACCAUUUUAGUGAGACAACGGCAACCGCGGCGCCCGCCUCUUCUCCUGGAGGGGACACAAGUACUGCAGAUGCCCUGCAUACUCCUGCCGUUGCCCCAGAUCAUCAGGACGCUGGACACUCCACUGCGGGAGCGGCAGCUAGCAAACGAGCACGAGCUCAAAUAGAGGAAGAUGUCUCCCUGUUACAGCAGCUGCUGGAGGAAACAGAGGCUGCAGGGGCUACGGAGUACGUCCCGCUUAAGAAACGUAAAGCAAUACGCGAGAAACUUUUGAAAAAACAAUUACAGGCACUUAAUGCUCAUUUGGAGGUGGAGGAGGGGGCACCGGAUCUUAGUGGAUCUGAACUAGAUGAGGAGGCCAAACAGAGGGAAGCGAAGCAGAAAGAAGCAGCCAUUUCAAAAGCCCGCCUUGACUUUAGGAAGACGCUCCUUGCUACGAGCCGGAAGUUGCGUCAAGAAGCAGAAAAGAACAAAAAGGAUGUUGUAUCGAAGUCACUGGGAGCCCCACUGCAAGGCGUUAGAGAGCGAGCGAAGGGAAUCGUCUAUUCCAAGAGAAUGGCCACCUCUUGGACAAUGCCUUCAAAGUACCGUGAAAUGACGGAAGCGGAAGCAAAAGAAGUUCGGGAGCGUUUCUUUGUUGACGUUAACGGGACCGAUGUGCCACCUCCAUUCCGAAACUUCAAAGACAUGUGCUUUCCGCAGCCGAUUCUGGAUGCCUUGAAGAAGAAAAAUAUCACGGCACCUACCCAAAUUCAGAUGCAAGGCAUACCGGCACUACUGCAAGGAAGGGAUUUGAUUGGCAUUGCUUUCACAGGUAGUGGCAAGACUCUUGUAUUCACUCUGCCAAUGUUAAUGGGGGCCUUAGAGUCCGAGAUGAGAUCCCCUUAUAUCGCCGGGGAAGGACCUUGGGGUCUAGUGGUUUGCCCCUCGCGGGAGCUGGCCAGCCAGACAACUGAUGUUGUCAAUUUUUUCGCCACUGCUCUUCAUGAAGGUGGAUAUCCACAGCUGCGCUGCCUCUGCAUGAUUGGAGGCGUCAGUACGCAGGAACAGGCGGCAUUCAUACGUAACGGUGUUCACUGCGUGGUGGCAACCCCAGGGAGGCUCACCGAUAUGCUUAACAAGAGGCGCAUGGGGUUGAACCAGUGCCGUUAUUUGGCAUUUGAUGAAGCAGAUAGAAUGGUGGAUAUGGGCUUUGAAGAGGAGGUUAGGAAUGUACUUGAUUGUUUUGGUCACCAAAGGCAAACGCUCUUAUUCUCCGCCACCAUGCCUCGAAAGAUCCAGGAAUUUGCAAAAUCUGCUCUUGUUGAUCCCAUAGUUGUCAACGUUGGCAGGGCAGGAGCUGCCAACUUGGACGUCAUUCAAGAGGUUGAGUACGUGAAACAAGAAAAUAAGCUUCCUUAUCUUUUGCACUGCUUGCAAAAAACAGAGCCUCCAGCUUUGGUUUUUUGUGAGAACAAAAAGGAUGUGGAUGACAUCCAGGAAUAUCUGCUGUUGAAGGGAGUCGAGGCGGUAGCAAUUCACGGCGGUCUUGCGCAGGAAGAACGCAGCGAGGCUAUUCGCCUGUUUAAAGAGGGUCGGAAGGACGUACUUGUCGGAACAGAUGUUGCAUCGAAAGGGCUCGACUUUCCUGCAAUUCAGCAUGUGAUCAACUUUGACAUGCCGAAAGAAAUCGAGAACUACGUACACAGAAUCGGGCGAACGGGCAGAUGCGGCCGUACAGGAGUAGCGACAACCUUCAUAAACAAAAAUUCCGAGGAGACAGUUCUGCUAGAUCUUAAAGCUCUUCUGAUCGAGGCCGGCCAAAGAAUUCCUCCAUUCUUGGAUGCUCUAGAUAGCAGGGGCUUAAAUCUGAAGGAAAUUGGAGGUGUUAGAGGCUGUGCAUACUGCGGCGGUUUGGGCCAUCGUAUUGGACAGUGCCCGAAGUUAGAAAGCCAGAAAAGGCAAACUCAGGGCUCGACGGGCAAGGACUAUUUGACUUCGGGGUCCCGCUACGGUGGCACUGGGAAAUACGGUGGAGAGUGGUAA